AUGGGGCUCCAAACGGAGAAGGACAAGGAGAAGGAAGACCAAAAGAGGAAUUUCAAAAUAUGUAGCAAAAAGUUCGAGACGGAUGAGUUGGAGGUUUUGAAGAAGGUAAGGAGGGGGGGAGUAGCUCAGCCGGGGGCCGCCCGCGAUGUGCGCCCAUCCACGCUGUGUAGAGGCUUCCCCAUCGCUUCGCCACUACACUGCUUCGAUUCUACGCUGCUUCUCCACUACACCACUUCUCCACUUCCCUUCCACACCGCUUGCCAGAUUUUCAAGGAGCUGGGAAGCCGGUCGGCGUCGAGCCAAAUAGACAAGGAGACCUUCCUGCAGUUUUUCCCCCUGCCGGGAUUGUGGGGCGAGCGGCUGUUCCUAAAGUUUAAUUUCAAAAACACAGGCUACAUAGACUUCGAAGAGUUCAUAAUCGGCAUCGCCAUCUGCUGCAGAGGAACCAAAAGCGAUAAGAUCAGCGUCCUCUUUGAUAUCUUCGAUUUAAAUUCCGAUGGGUACAUCCAGAAAUCUGAGAUGGUGGCGAUGCUUUCUAACAUCCCAUAUAUUGACAAGUUGAAAAGUGUUUUUUUUAAUAAAAAAAAUAAAAGGAAAAAGAACUUUUAUGGUGGGGAGUACAAUUCGAAUGAGAAUUUGGAUGACCCUGUGGAAGGGGAGGACUAUGACGAUGAGGAUGACGUAGACAGUGAGGAGUGUAUCGAUGGAGAGAAUGGAGGGGACUACCCGGGGAGCUACCACUAUGGGGAUCUUUAUGGGUACAGCAAUGGAGACCAGGAUGGCGAUGAAGACGAUAACAACUACAGCAACAGCUGCAACGACGAGGGGUACAGCGAGAAUGAGGCCGCCGAGGAGGACAACGAGGAGGACCUGAAUGAUAACGACGAGGCGGUUUGCGACGAGGGCCACGUGAGCGCCGCGGGGGGAGCGGCAAAUGGGGUAGCCACAAACGGGGUAGCGGCCAACGGGGUAGCGGCCAACGGGGCAGUCGCCAACGGGGCAGCCGCCAACGAUGCUGGCGCCAACGUGACGAACUGCAGCAAAUGCCUGCAGCAGCAGAGGCGGCUGCGGAAGCGCAACAAGCUGCUGAACAUGCGCGAGCUGGCGAAGAAAAUCAGGAAGGAGAAGAAGCACCAGCUGGAGAGGUGCAUGAAGGGCAUCCGGAAGGAGAGAGACGACGAGAGCAACCCGUUCGGUGGGGCUGACCGGAAAAGUAAAAGGGAAAAGGAAAAGGAGAAGAACAAGUCGCCCAAGGGGGAUUCCAUUUUGAGGAGCGAAAGCGACGACAACACGAACACGUCCUCCAGCAGCACGUCCAAUGGGUUCAUCAACGAGGAGAUGGACCACCCAAAUGUUAGCAAGAGGAAAAGCCUCAGAAGCAGAGCAAAAAAGAAACCCUCCAGGUGCCUAUCCAAUUUCAGGAAUGGGAAUAAUCAUAACGGGUUCAUGUCCUCAACUAGCGAUAGCUGCUCGAGCAACGACACGAAUUCCUUUCUGAGCAGCGAAGAGGUCGACAGCUUUGACUCCAACAGGGAGCAGCGCAACGGGGGUGACAGCUACUCCAGCAGCACGGCGGACUCGUUCAUCAGCAUCUACGGCUACCUCAUCAAGAAUAAGCAGCGCCGCCGGAGGAGGAAGAGGGGCUGCCCGGAGCCAUUAGCGGUAGACCGGUUGGCGGUAGACCGGUUGGCGGUAGACCGGUUGGCGGUAGACCGGUUGGAGGAAGACGCACUGGCUGCGAACCGGUUGGCGCGGGAAAGCGGCCGAGAAAGGAACGCCCCGCAGCAGAGGAGCGAGUUGGGCCAGGAGGAAAGCGGAUGCAUGCAGGGCGCAGAAGCAGAUGGCACGCAGAGUGCAGAGGAGGAGGCCAAGUCGGAAGCGCAAACCAAAGCGGCGAACGAAGAAACGGAGGCUCCCGGUGGGGUUGUAAAAAAAGGGAAGAAACGGACGUGCGUCAAUAGCAGAAGCGAUAUGAACAUUUAUAAAAAGGAAAAAAAAAAAGAAAACAAAAAAAAAAUCUUUACACACGAGUAUUGCCUCCUAUCCAAAACGGCAAGGAACAUCCUCAACGAUGAGGAGAAUUACAAAAUGCAGGAGAAGAAUGUAGACGUUGAAGAAAUCGUCGACCGUAUGUUGGAAGAGUGUGAGUUUUGGGAUAAUGAUAAAAUUACGCCCAUACAGUUUAAGAGCGUGAUAUAUAAAUAUGAUUUCUUCCUCUACGUAUUCUUUAGCUGCUUACAUGAAGACGUUUGGGGUCUGCAGGGAAAUGUACUUUACGGGAGAGACUACAUCAGCAACUUUGUUAUAAAAUCGGAAACGUUUAAGAGCAAACAAAUCGAUGCAAAUGAGGAGGUCAUCACGGAAGAGGUGUAUUUUAAAAUCAGGCAGCUCUUCAUCAUUCAGGCCCCGGACUACGACUGCUUGAAUGAUAAUUUGUGUGUGAACUUUCGCAAGGGGGAGAGGGCAAGCGACAGCGAAAGGGGGGGCGGCCACGAAAAGGGGAGCGGUCUCGAAAGGGGAAGCGGCCACGACAGGGGAAGCCACCACCAACAGCAGACCCCCGAGGGCACCACCGCAGAUGCCGACAAGGACAAAGGCGAUCCCGGGGCAAGUAGGAAAAAGGCCAAACUGGAGAAUGGCAGCAAGCUGGUCAACUUUGCCCUCCCCAGCGGGGUGGCUGCGGCAGAGGUUAUCGCAGCUGGGACCGCAGCUGAGGCAGAGGCGGGGACCGUAGCUGGGGUGGGCCCCAGUGGGGUGGAAAAAGAGACGUCUGCGCACAACCAGGAACAACACGCCAACGCGCCAGGGGGCGAUGACGGACGGGCUGAACUAUGUGUCGUCGUGACGGGAAGGCCCCAUGCGGAGGCUCCCGCCCAGCACGUGGAGGGGCUCGAAAAGAGGGAAGCCGCUAUCCCCUCCAGCGGAAACGCGCUGAAUCGGACGAACGUCGGCGGCGGGGUGGACGCGGCGUUGGAGCCCGCCAGUUCGAGGCAGGCGGAAAGCCCCCAAGGGAAGAAGGAAGGAGGGAACGUGGAACAAUCGCGUCAGGAGAAGGAAGAAGCGAACGUGGAACAAUCGCGUCAGGAGAAGGAAGGAGGGAACGUGGGCCAGCCGUGUCAGGAGAAGGAAGAAGCGAACGUGGGCCAACCGUGUGAGGAGAAGGAAAGCGCCGCCCAAGUAAGCGGCACGAAUGGCACCCCCCAAGUUAGCGGCGCGAAUGGCACCCCCCAAGUUAGCGGCGCGAAUGGCACCCCCCAAGUUAGCGGCGCGAAUGGCACCUCCCAAGCUAGCAACGCAAAUGGCACUUAUGGCACCCCCAACACUGUUGAUAAAUUGGAGGAGACGGAGGAGAAGCGAAGGCUCGAUGGGAAGAAGAAAAUUGCGGAGUGCUUCAACGCGGUGCUGAGGCAGAAGGGGAGCGCAAAGGGGAGCGUAAAGGGGAGCGGCCAGGAUGGCGGGAAGGCGAGCGGCAAAGGGAGUGCCAAGGAUGCCACCCCCGAUGGCGAAGCGCAAAUGGGCGCGGCCCCGGGGGGCGCACAGAACAAGGCGGGCGACGAGUGCGACUUUAACCUGCUGACCAACUCCCUAAACGAUAUAUUUUCCAAAGAAAUUGUGGAAUUCAUUAAGGCGUCCCAAAUUAGCUUUAACAUCAACGAGGUGUGGAAGGAGCGAAAUGCCCAGUGCAAGGACAAGUACAAGAAGGCCAAGCGGAACAUCGAGAAGGCGAGGAAUUACUCGAGCAGCGCGCACAGCGGGAAGAAGAAAAAGAAGCCCCCCGUGGGUAGCGGCGUGGGUGGCGGCAUGAGUGGCGGCGCGAGUAGCGGCGUGAGUAGCGGUUUAGGCGUCGAGGGGGCGACUGAGGGGGUGAACGGGGCGGAAGAGGCUCCGCCAUCAGUUAACGAGGCGAUGGAGAGAAGCCCCGCCGGUGUGGAGAAGGGGGAAGCGGUGGAGAAGGGGGAAGCGGUGGAGAAGGGGGAAGCGGUGAAGGAAGAAGCGGUGAAGGAGGAAGCGGUGAAGGAGGAAGCGGUGAAGGAAGAAGCGGUGAAGGAGGAAGCGGUGAAGGAAGAAGCGGUGAAGGAGGAAGCGGAGAAGGAGGAAGCGGUGGAAAUGCCAGCCGAAGCACCCGCAGCCGCUGCAGCCGAAGUCCCCCCUGCCGCUUCCGCCGCUCCAACCGCUUCCGCUUCCACCCCGCCCCGCCCCGCGCACGAGGGGAAGAAGAAGAAGAAGCACGUGAAGGACGUGAACCUGUACUCGUGCCCGAACUGCAAGGGGCCGUUCCUGAUGUGCCCCAACUGCCACGGGCGGUACCCGCGGUUCUGCGUAAACGAGGACAAAAUCGCCAUGGAGUGCGAAUACUGCGAGUGCGAGCAUUGCUACUUCUACAGCUGCAUCUACUGCAACUUUGAUUUCCAAAAGUGCCUAGACAUGAUAAAGAAAAAUUCUUUGAAGGAGGGAAUCCUAUAUAAAAUAGGGAAGCACCUGCACCAGUUCAAGGCCAGGUACUACAUCCUCUUCGACAAUCUGCUGUACUAUUAUGAUAAGCAGAAGAAUUUGAAGCCGAGGGGGUUUAUGUUUCUGGAGGGAUGCUACGUAGAGGUCAUCUCUAAGAAUGAUAACGUAAGUAAAUUUGGCUUUUCCAUUUGCCACAAGGGGACCAAGCAAGUGCAGAGGAGAGACCUCUACGUGAAUACACACGAGGAGAGGGAGGAGUGGCUACAAGCCUUGUACUCCACGACGAAGCAGAACACUCUCUAUAAUCUGUACGAAUUACAUGAGCAGUUAGGGCAAGGGAAGUUUUCUACCGUCUACCGAGGAAUUAACAAACAGACGAACGCGGAAUUUGCCAUCAAAGUGAUUGACAAGAGGUCCGUCUCAAUAUAUGAAAAGGAGUUACUACGUAGUGAGAUCUCCAUUUUGAGACUGCUCCGACAUCCGAAUGUAAUUUAUUUAAAAGAAAUUAUAAACACCAAGGAGACGUUAUACAUCUCGAUGGAGUUAGUGAAAGGAGGAGAGCUAUAUGACUUCCUGCUCACCGAGACGAGAUUGAGCGAAAUUCAUGCCAAUAAAAUUGUGACGCAGCUAAUCAAGACAGUGGCGUACCUCCACAGGUGUGGAAUCAUACACAGGGAUAUCAAACCGGAGAACAUCCUCCUUACGGAUAAGUCUAGAGAUGCGCAGAUAAAGCUGACCGAUUUUGGCCUUUCGACCUUAUGCGCCCCAAACGAAUUGUUAAAGGAACCCUGUGGGACACUUGCUUACGUCGCCCCGGAAGUGAUCACUCUACAGGGGUACAACCAUAAAGUAGACGCAUGGUCCAUUGGAAUCAUUCUCUUUUUGCUUCUUAGUGGAAAGCUACCCUUCCCAAUUAACAAAAACACAGAAAUGAAUAUUCAGAAAAAUUACGUUCUCAAUUUUAAGGACCACAUCUGGAAGAGCAUCUCCUCAUCGGCCAAGGACCUCAUUUCGAAGCUACUAGAGCUUAACGUUGAGAAGAGGAUUUCUGCAAAUGAGGCUUUGGAACACAUUUGGAUUAAAAACCCCACUGCAGUUAUUAAUGAGAACUCCUUUAUAUACAAAAAUGAAGAAAUUAACAUUUUAAAUUUGCAGGACGUUAGUGUCAGCACCUUUAACAUCCCCAAGUAUGCCCCCUUCCACUUGGUGGAUGAAAAGACGGAAGAAGUGGAGAGCAAAAAUGUCUUCAGUUUCCACAAGGAGGAUAUUUUGUAUGAGAAUAAUGACUCUACGGACGAGCCCGUCAUCCCGCUGCCCUACAGCGGCGCCCCCUUGAAGGACAGCGCUGCGGAGAAGAACCCGGGCCCCCCCCUCGCGAAGGAGACCUCCUUGGAGGGGGGGCAAAAAAACCCCAGUGGAGAUGCGAAGGGGGAAGCACCCGUGAACGAGGAAAAUCCGCCUAAUGGAGAUUAA